AAGACAUAAUCAGUGAGAAGUUGGGAACAAUUGAUUGACUGACCACACAAUGGGCGCUCAGGUCUCAAGACGUGACUACGAAUGGUCAUAUACGGAUGAACCGCACGCAACCCGAAGGCAGUUAAUUCUGGCGAAAUACCCGCAAAUCAAAGAGUUGAUGAGAGUUGAUCCCAACUUCAAAUGGACAGUACUGUUGAUGGUUUUCACACAAAUCGUGUCGUUUUAUUUGUUACGAAAUGUCACUUCGUUUUGGCUGCUAUUCCUCUUCGGCUACUGUUUCGGUGGUGUUAUAAACCACUCAUUAAUGUUAGCGAUUCACGAGAUUUCGCACAAUCAGGCGUUCGGUGCGUCCAAACCGUUGGCCAAUAAGCUGUUCGGAAUGGUCGCCAAUCUUCCCAUUGGUUUCCCCUUUUCGGUGUCGUUCAAGAAAUACCAUUUAGAGCAUCACAGAUAUCAGGGCGACGACGUGCUCGACACCGACAUCCCAUCACGUCUUGAGGCGCGACUCUUCACCACCACUGCGACCAAAGUAUUGUGGGUUCUGUUGCAGCCAUUCUUCUACGCUUUGCGGCCGCUCUUUGUUCACCCAAAACAGCCCACUCUUCUAGAGUUACUUAAUUUUGUGGUUCAGCUCUCGUUUAACUACACAAUCGCGCAGACGUGCGGAUGGCAUGUCGUGGCGUAUAUGGUGUGCGGUUCGCUCAUAGCCAUGGGUCUACACCCAGUGGCCGGACAUUUCAUUUCCGAACACUAUAUUAUGUUCAAAGAGAACAAGGAUUUGGUCCUGAAAUACAGCGGCAAUGAAUUACAGAAUGGCGUUUACGUCAGUAAUGGUAAACUCUUGAUACCCGAGACGUGCUCUUACUAUGGCAUCCUUAACGCCAUCACAUUCAACGUGGGCUAUCACGUCGAGCACCACGACUUCCCCUCCAUUCCCGGCACACUUCUGCCGCGCGUCCGUCAAAUAGCGCCCGAAUAUUACGACUCGCUGUGCUCUCACACUUCGUGGUCGUAUGUGAUCUGGAAGUACAUCAUUGACCCCGAAGUGGGACCCUUCGCACGGGUGAAACGCCCCCACAGAGACCCCAACGCCAAACUCAACCAAUUCAUUACCGAACACUCAAAUGGUGUGAAAGCAGCCAAAGAUUAAGACACCGUUAAUAAGUCGACAAUCAAUUAGUUAUUUAUUAAUUUUAUUUUUUUGCAUAAUUUAUUGCCUCUU